AAUAGUGUUUCGGUGUUAUUCUUUCAAAUGUGUAGCACGAAUAAAUGUUGAUCAAUCUGUCAAUGUUAAAUCUACUCAGUUUGUGUGAAUUACUGAAUAUCAGGUACCAGGUGUGAUAAAUUGAUUAGCACCUUUGCCAAGAGCACUGGCUUAAAAUAAGUAUGGAAUCUAUAUGUCAGUAAAAGUGUGAGGGACAAUUGCUAUGAUGGCUUCUGGAAUUGCAGACAAUUCUGCUGUUGUUGCUAACGAUGCCAUUGGAGAUGGACAACAAGAUGAUUCAAAAUUGGACAAAAAGAAGAAGAAAGGCACCUUUCAGAAAAUCCGGAACUUUUUCGGAGGAAGUAGCAAAAAGCGCUUCAAGCCAGAAGGCUCCCUGAAGUCACAGUCGUUUGGAGCUUUGAACCAAAAACAGACAGAAGGGGAUGAUGAUGAUGAUGGCGGGUUUAUACGCCAAAAGGGCUUGGGCAGCCGCAGUAUAUCCGAGGACAGUGUGUUCAAGCAGGAACCUAAGGAAAGUCCCAUUCCAAUGCUUCAAGGUCAUGCCGUUUCCAUGGAGCACAUCAACAAGUUUCACUCCCAGGUGCUAUCUAAACCCAAUCAAGCCUCGUCCAAUCAAGACAGUGAUCUGAGCUUAGGUCUCGACGGAACAUCUGAUGAGGAAUAUUCAAAAGUCAAGAAGAUGAGCUCUUCUUUACCAAGUGUGGUCGACGUCCAUGUGGAAGACUUCGAGGUGGUGCAGAGGAACAGAAAUACCUCGUUGUCAAAUGAGGCCGCAAAACAUCGCAUCUCUGUGAAACCCAAGUCCCGUAGGCUCUCAACCAAGAUGUCGAUGAAGAAACGAGAUAAGUCCCCUGCACCAAUGUCACUAGCAGAUGUACAAGAGGAGAGUCCUUCUAAGGCGGCACCAACAGAGUCAUCUGUGACUGCAUCAGUCCCUCAUAAGACGGUGAUUUCAACGACGAUCCCUGUAGGCUCCUAUGUUGAACCAGCAUACAAUGCCAUUCCGAAGUUGGAAAUCCAGGACCUCAUGUCCAGGUCCAUGUUUGUUACCCCAACCGAAUCUUCCCUGCCAAGGGACAUUCCAAGGUCAAAGGAGGUGGAUGACCUUGAAAGGUCAAGGCCACGGUCAAUGUCACCCAUUUUGCCAUUGUCCACUAGUCCAAUUUCGAUUGCAAUGUUGCAGGAGGUUAAACUCAGAGCUGCAAAGCCAGGUUUGGAGAAAUCAGCUGUGGAAAAUGCACAGAAUGAUCAGCGGGAGAAUGAGGAACUGACUAAAGCAUUCAGUCGAGCCAAAAGAAUUUCUAAAAAAUUUGAUGAAGGCGGCUUUCUUGAUGUUGAGGCACAAAAGACUGAGGAGAAAUUGCAUGACAUUAAGCCGGCUGAAAAAGUGAAGGAAGUAAAACUUGAUAUUCAAACAAGCACUGUGAAAUCUGUUGCAAGCACUAGUUCUAAUGAUAACCAGAAAGAUGAAAGGUUAUCAAGCGAUACAACAAACAUUGCGCCUACAUCCCCAACAGCGGUCAGCUAUGUUCUUAAGAAGGAACCGCUAAGAAAUGGGAGUAGGAAUGGGUCCUCUUCACAAAAUGUAGGUAAAGGAACCGGUGAUCCAGUCAAGGUUGAGACAGCAUCUGCUGUGUCAGUCACAACCAUUAGUCUUACAGCAGAUGACAAAACAAGCAAGCCCGGCAUUGCACCACAAGAAACAACAAACGUAAAUACAUCAACAAGUGUAACUGUUAAUGUCAAAACUGUAACAUUGCCAAGUAAUGGUAAUAACAAGCUUGCAUCCCCUAGAGAAGAAUAUCGCCUUAAACGUCAAGCAAGGAGCAAAACCCUGCCAGCAUCUAAGAAUUUAAUGGACAAAAAAGAAACGGAUUCUGAUAUUGUAGGAAGUAACAGAAAAAGUGCUGACCUUGAAAAUAUCGUCAUACCUGCAACAGAUCCUAUUACCAGCAGGGAACAUGACUAUGCAAAUAUAAAGAGUGUUGGAAGGGAGGACUUAUCCUAUUACGAGAAUAUAGGAAAUGUUAAAAAGGACACUGAAAAUCCAAAAAAUGGCACCAAUAGAACAAGUGAUUAUGAGAACUUUGAUUUGAACAAACGUUCUUCGUGGGCCUCAAGCAGUUCCACCACAGGGUCAGCUUCUAGUCAGCCAGAAUGGGUUACCAGGGCCCUCAAGAUAGAUAGGAAAAAGCCUGAAGACAUUGUUGAACAACCAAGACCGAAGGAGAUUAAAAUCGAUCCUGUUAAGUCUGAAGAUAAAAAAGAUUCACCAAAAAGUCCCGAAGUGCAGACAGUAACUGAAAAGACUGGAUCCAAUAAACCAGAUGGUGUUUUGAAACAAGAUAGUGUAGAAAAGCAGGGAUCUUUAAGUCUUGGAAGGACUCCGUUUGGAAAAAGCAUGGGCUCACCGACAAAAACUUUUACAGCGUCUGCUGCAAAUGAAGCUCCACAACCAGCUGCAUUUGGGAUUGGGAAACCCCCAGUGGGAUCGUCAUCUCGGUUUGUAAAUCCUGCUCCUAGCAAGCCAGUCACAACAGAGGCACCCAAGCCGGCCACAGAAGCACCCAAGCCUUCAACAGAGGCACCCAAGCCUACAACAGAGGCACCAAAGCCAGUAGUGUUCCCGCAGAGGAAAACUUCAAUUGGCUCCAGCGCCAAACCAUUCCAGACCGAGAAACCCACAUUCCAGAGCGUCAAACCUCCUACUGCCAUGGCCACCAAACCAUCAGUUCCUGCAGAGAAGCCAGUCGUUUCAGCUGCAAAACCGUCUGUGAGUGCCAGUCCAGCAACAGCCAGUAAGUUAAGCUUGUUUCCAAAAAUGAGUGACAAGCGUGACGCUGGUACAAAUCCUGUAAAUAGUGCUAAAUCAAAUGUCGCUAAAACAGAUGUGAAGGAUGCAAAUGCCACUACUGAGAAGAAAAAUGUGCUGACUUCACAGUCAUCAUUUGAAAAAAAGAAUGUUCUUACGCCACAGACCACAAAUAUUUCCAACAACAAUGCCCUGGGAAAUAAAAUUGGAAGUUUAUACAAGGAAAAGGGUAUGAAUAACACUGAAAAUAAUGCCAGCAGCAUUGUCAGAAAAGUUGGUGGCAGCGUGAAAAAAACUACAGAUAUGAAGAUAGAAAUAAUUGACAAAGAUGCCCAGCAAACCACUGCCAAACUAGAACAAAUAUCUGCAAAUGUCCCAGUGAAGGACAAACCCAAGGCUACCGUUGAAAAGUGUUCAGAUGGAGCUGGCAACCGGCCAAAAGUCAGCGACAUGGUGAAAAGCUUCCAGAAACUGCAGGUCACAUGAUCUAGUCAUGUGAUCAUGGUUGGUGGGUCUUGUGAUCAUGGUUGCUUGGUCAUGUGAUUAUGGUUGCAGGGUCAUGUGAUCAUGGUAGCAGGGUCAUGUGAUCAUAAUUUAACUGGGUAAUGUGACCAUGCUUUGCAUAGUCAUGUAAUCAUGGUUGCUCGGUCAUGUGAUUAUGCUUGCAGGGUCAUAUGAUCAAAAUAUUACAGGGUCGUGUGGUCAUGGUUGCAGGGUCAUGUUAUCAUGGUUGCAAGGUCAUGUGACAAAAGAGUGGAAAACAUUCCAGAACCAGCAGGUCACAUGACAAUCAGGUGAUCUAGUCAUGUGAUGAAGUCUUUGCAAAGCUUCCAAAAAAGACAGGUUGCAUUAUUGCCAGCAGGUUUUGGAAGCAUUGUCAUGUGAUUGAUAAAUAUUUUGUCUUGAUAUUUAAAAUGUGCAUGUAUCUCUCAUAAGUGGUGUACGCCAUUGGAAUCAUAUCAUACCAAAGUAUUUAUUAUUAUUCUUGCAUAAUCA